AUGGCCACCUCCAGCAGUCUCCUGUCUGAAGAGCAGUUCCUGUGCUCUGUCUGUCUGGAUAUGUUCACUGAGCCAGUCUCUAUUCCAUGUGGACACAACCUCUGCAAGGCCUGUAUCAGUGGAUACUGGGAUACCAGUGACCUGUGCCAGUGUCCAAUGUGUAAAAAAACAUUUGAUAAGAGACCAGAUCUGUUUGUCAAUACUUUAAUUUCUGAGAUGGCUGCUCAGUUCAGACAGACAGUUGAAGUUAAAGCUACCAGCAGCCCACACCAAUGCCCUGACAUAAUUGUAGAAUUAUCCUGUGACAUCUGCACUGGGAUGAAGCUCAAGGCCCUGAAGUCCUGUCUGGUGUGUCAGACCUCUGAAUGUGAGACUCACCUGGAGCCUCAUCAGAGAGUCCCAGCCUUAAAGAGACACAAGCUGAUCAACCCUGUGGAGAACCUGGAAGACAGGAUGUGUAAGAAGCAUGACAGACUCCUGGAGCUGUUCUGUAGAACUGACCAGACGUGUGUGUGUCAGUUCUGCACUGAGACAGACCACAAGACUCAUGACACUGUCCCUAUAGAGGAAGAGUGUGGAGAGAGGAAGGCUCAGCUGACAGAAACGACUGCAGAAGUUCAGCAGAUGAUCCAUGAGAGACUGCAGAAGGUUAAGGAGAUUAAACACUCAGUAGAUCUGAGUCAAAAAGAUGCAGAGAGAGAGAUAUCAGACAGUGUGCAGGUCUUCACUGAUCUGGUGCGCUCCAUUGAGAGAAGCCAGGCUGAGCUCAUUGAGGUGAUUGAGGAGAAGCAGAAAGCAGCAGAGAGGCAGGCUGAAGGGCUCAUUAAAGAGCUGGAGCAGGAAAUCACUGAGCUACAGAGGAGAAGCACUGAACUGGAGCAGCUCUCACACACUGAGGACCACCUCUACCUCCUACAGAGCUGUCCAUCCCUCUACAACCAUCUACACACCAAGGACUGGUCUAGAAUCAGUGUUCACAGUGAUCUGUGUGUGGGGACUGUGAGGAGAGCUGUGUCUCAGCUGGCGGUAACACAGAAUAAAGAGAUGGAGAAGCUUCCUGAAGUCAAACUGAAGAGGAUUCAGCAGUAUGCAGUGGAUGUGACUCUGGACCCUGAUACAGCACAUCCCUACGUCAUCAUGUCUGAAGAUGGGAAACAAGUGAGACACGGAGGCACACGGCUUAAUCGUCCUUAUAAUCCAAAUAGGUUUGAUCAAGUUUUAAAUGUCCUAGGAAAGGAGGGUUUCUCAUCAGGGAGAUUUUACUAUAAGGUGAAUGUUCAGGUGAAAACCAUGUGGACUUUAGGAGUGGCCAGAGAGUCCAUCAACAGGAAGGGGAACAUCACAAAGAGCCCAUUAAAUGGAUACUGGACUGUGGUCCUGAGGGAUGAGAGUAAGUACUCAGCCUGUACCUUCCCCAGUGUCUCCUUAUACCUGAGAGAGAAUCCCCAGAAGGUGGGGGUGUUUGUGGAUUAUGAGGAGGGUCAGGUCUCCUUUUAUGAUGCAGAGGCCAGGUCUCAUAUCUACUCUUUCACUGGCUGCACCUUCACUGAGAAAGUCUAUCCAUUCUUUGGCCCUGGCAAUGAUAAAGGUGAAAACUCUUCCCUUCUGUUCAUCUCUCCUGUCAAUCACCCAAACUGA